UGUGUAGGGUUUAAUACUGCCUCCAUCGCCUCCAUUGUCUCUUCUCUUUCGCAGAAGCCUUCAGAAAGCUCUCUGCUUCUCCCAAAUCGCCAAAAAACAAUUCCGCCACUAAAACCUUGAGUCCCAAUUCUAGCGAGAGAGAAAUUCAAAGCGCAUUGAAGACAAGUCUCAACUUUCUCUGCAAAAUCUCAACUUUUUGGGCUCCGGAAAUGGCGGAGCUCCAAAGACAAUCGGAUGGGUUUGCGGAUCUAAUGGCCGAAUCGGAAACUGGGUCAAAUCCGCUUCAGAGGCGUAUUGAGUUCCACCGAGCGAGGAAGCCCUUCAAUGGGUUUAACACUGGCGGCGGUGACUUCCGGCUCGAGACCUUGAAUCACGGAAGCAGCGGCGGAAGCAGCUCUAGUCAGGGUCAGUCGGGUUUGAGUGCCAAAAAAAGGGAUGGGUCCGAGUUUUUGGAGAACGGGUUCGAUCCGGAGCUCAGCUUUGGCAUCACCUUCCGGAGAAUUGGUGCCGGUUUGAGGAAUAUGGGAAACACUUGUUAUCUCAAUUCAGUGUUGCAGUGUCUGACAUAUACUGAGCCUUUAGCUGCAUACUUGCAAAGUGGAAAGCAUCGAAAUUCAUGCCAUAUUGCUGGGUUUUGUGCUUUAUGUGCUAUCCAGAAGCAUGUUAGUCUUGCUCUACAAUCCACUGGGAGAAUUUUGGUGCCAAAGGAUCUAGUCAUUAACUUACAAUGCAUAUCUCGAACUUUCACUAAGUCUAGACAGGAGGAUGCACAUGAAUACAUGGUAAACUUGCUGGAGUCCAUGCAUAAAUGCUGUUUACCGUCUGGUGUGCCAAGCGAAUCCCCAAGUGCCUAUGAGAAGAGCUUGGUACACAAGAUCUUUGGCGGUCGCCUUCGAAGCCAGGUCAAGUGUAUGCAGUGCUCCUAUUGCUCCAACAAGUUUGACCCAUUCUUAGAUUUAAGUCUUGAAAUAUUCAACGCAGAUUCCUUGCAAAAAGCACUUGGAAACUUUACUGCAGCAGAACAGUUAGAUGGAGGGGAAAGGCAAUAUCAGUGCCAACGAUGCAACCAGAAAGUUCGGGCUCUCAAACAAAUGACUGUUCAAAAGCCUCCUUAUGUACUUACCAUCCAUUUGAAACGAUUUCGUGCACAUGAUCCUGGGCGAAAAAUUGACAGACAUGUAAAAUUUGGCCCCACAUUGGAUUUAAAGCCCUUUGUUAGUGGUUCCUAUGAAGGAGAUUUGAAAUAUACACUUUAUGGGGUUCUUGUUCAUUGUGGGGCUACCACCUAUUCUGGCCAUUAUUAUUGCUAUGUUCGCACAUCAAGUGGCAUGUGGUACUCCCUUGACGACAACCAGGUAUACCAAGUUAGUGAGAGGACUGUUUUAGAACAGAGGGCUUACAUGUUGUUUUAUGUCCGCGAUAGAAGAAAUAUAAUACCGAGGAAGCCUGUUGAAGUUGCUCGGAAGGAGAAUUUCAAUGCAAAUGGUGCUGGAUUAAAAACUCCUUCCACUAACAACCAAGGUUCCAAAGUACCCGUUCAGAAUGUUUCUGUUGAGGGCAGAUCAAGUGGUCCAUCCUCAUCUAUUGUUGUGACACAAAAGUCAACUAUAGUUCCACCUAUGGUGCCCCUUUUGAAGGAAGCAUCAGUUAAUUGCCAGACAAUGACAGAAAAUAUGGUGCCUAUGAAGGAACCUGCUUCAGAGUUGUCUCCAUCAUUAUCUCCCUUUCCAAGCAGCAAUGGUGGUGCUUCUGAGUCUAAAAAUGCGGCAGAAAAUACAGUGCCUAUGAAGGAACCUGUUUCAGAAUCUUCAUCAUCAGUACCAAAGGAUUCCUUGAAAGGGAUUUCCAUUCCAAUUCCUAAAUUGGGAAAAGAUAUGCUACCAUCAUCUCCAACCAGCAAUGGUGGCACUUCGGGUCCUGAAAAUGCCACAGCUGCAAAAGCUGAUGCCAAUAAAACUGAACUUAAUGAGAGAGGAAGGUCAAUUGAAAAUGGUGUUUCCAGUGUCAUAUCACCCAAUGUGAAGGACCCUGAAAGCCUUGAGGCUAAACCCAUACAAGAUGAGACCCCUUAUAAUAAUAAUGUAGUUUCCUCGAAGGGAGACUUGAGUAUGUCAUCCGGAGUUCCUAGCAGUACGAAAAAGGAGGGAAUUCACACUGUCAGAUCAUCAGAUGAACCAAGCUCUAAAAUUAGUCAGGUUGGAAGUUUUACCAGUGGAAGUGCUGCUUGUAAUGUUUUGGGUGAGAAGAUUAGUGAUUCUGGCCAAAAAGUGGUAAUUGACGAGUCAGCAAAUUUGCCAGGCUCAUCAAUUGUGGCAAAUGGAUCGUUGCUUGUAAAAUCUCCUGAUUGCAAACGCCAUAGAAAAUUGAAAAAGAAGCAGCUGAAGUCUAAGGCUGCAUGCAUGCAGUUACGACCUAGCUUACUUUCCCGGGUGGUCUUAAGUGUACAGAAGAAAAAGAAACACAAAAGGAGUAAGCACCCCUCUUCAGAUACCAAGAGCCUUCUUAAGGAACAUUUUAUGGACAAUUCUUGCUUAUAUGGCAUGGGGCCGUCUACAUCUGAGCAAACCCGGUCAAUUCCCUUGGUAAACCCUUCUAAGCGAAAUUCUAAGAGAAAGGGGACCAAAUCUGGCUUAAAAAACGAUGCAGACAGAACUGAUAAAAAGUGGGAAGUGAAAUCUCAUCGUGAUUCUUUAAUGGCUGUUCAAAAGGGAGUGUUUAGAGAAACUCUCGGUCAGAAUGGUACAGUUCUUGCAACUGAUAAAAGACUACAAAAUGGUAAUGUCUCUAGCUUGUGCUCAAAAGAAAACCUGCGGGAGAUGGGGGAAAAUGAUACCCCACUCAACCAUAAAAGAGACAGAACACAAAAUGGAGGGAUUGGUGUGCUAACCCGUGGCCUUGAUGAGACAGUCGUUGCUCGGUGGGACGGAAUAGAACUGCCUCGUUCUCAUAUUGUAGAAUCAAGCCGUGCAGAGAGCGUCAGCAUCGGUUAUAUACCCGAUGAAUGGGAUGAAGAAUAUGAUCGCGGAAAGAGAAAGAAGAUAAGGCAACCCAAAGAAACGUUUGGCGGACCAAAUCCAUUCCAAAGGAUUGCAACCCAGAGAUCAAAGGUGAAAAAGGAAAAGCUAGACAGGUACGGUUCUGGAAAUCACCCGCUCAGGAUAUGACGGAAGAAGGCGAAUUUCGACGAACAGAUUGUUGGUCUGCUGUUUUGUUUUCUUUAAGCUUUUGAGAGAGAUUGUAACAAGGGGUGAUUAUUUAUGUGUUGCAUUUGGAGUGUGGAGAGGAAGAGAGCUCUGAGCAGGCGAACUGUAUCUUACUGCUUUGGGAGAUUUCUCAUGGACGGAUAAUUGUAUUAGCUCGGUCCUUUGGAGAUGCAUUAAGAUUUUUGUAUUACUAUAUAUCUAUUUUUGGUCGCCUACAAUCAAUCACUAGAACUUUUGAUGGUUGUGUUCUA